CUAGAGAGAGUAUAUAGUAGUACUGAGUCAGCACACUCAAACAGUGAGUGUUCCGACUAGGUUGAGAACGUUACUUCAAAGCUACCAAAAUGAUACCUGCAGUUACACUUAACAAUGGAGCAAAGAUGCCAAUAGUGGGUCUGGGCACCUGGAGGUCAGAACCAGGAAAAGUGACUGAGGCCGUGAAAGUCGCCAUAAGUUGUGGCUACAGACACAUAGAUGGCGCUUAUGUGUAUCAGAAUGAAGAAGAAGUUGGAGCUGGAAUCCAUGCAAUGAUUGAUCAAGGAGUGGUAAAGAGGGAAGACCUAUUCGCUGUGAGCAAGUUAUGGUGCACCUUUCACCUUCCAUCUCUGGUGAGGACAGCUUGUGAGAAGACUCUCAAGGACCUGAAGCUGGACUACCUGGAUCUUUACCUCAUGCAUUUCCCAAUGGGGACCAAGCCAGGAGAUGAUCUUUUUCCUGUGGAUGAGAAUGGGCAGGUUAUUUCUGACAACAGCAACUUCUUGGACACUUGGGAGGCAAUGGAAAAGCUGGUGGAUGCUGGUUUGGUCAAAGCUAUCGGCAUUUCUAACUUCAACAAAGACCAGAUUGAAGCCAUACUUAACAAGCCUGGCCUCAAGCACAAGCCUGCCAACCACCAGAUUGAGUGCCACCCAUAUCUGACCCAAGAGAAGAUGAUCAACUACUGCCACUCAAAAGGCAUCACAGUGACAGCAUACAGUCCUCUGGGCUCCCCUGACAGACCCUGGGCUUCAUCUGACGAACCCUCGCUGCUGGAGGAACCUAAGAUCAAGGCCAUUGCUCAAAAGUACAAGAAAACUCCAGCACAGGUUCUGAUUAGGUUCCACAUCGAAAGAAAUGUGGUUGUCAUUCCAAAGUCAGUAACACCCCAUCGCGUCAAGGAGAACUUCCAGCUGUUUGACUUCAAAUUGAGCAAAGAUGACAUGAAGGACAUCCUCAGCUUGAAUAAGGACUGGAGAGGCUUCCCAUUACAGUGGGCUUCAAAACACAAAGACUUUCCCCUUAAUGCAGAAUACUAACUUAAUAUGGUUCACCAUGCCUUGUUUAUAUCGGUUUUUCAACCUCUAAUCUAAAAUUUACAUUUUUAAACUCUUGCUUGCAUGUUUCAUGCAGAAUUUAAAAAAUAAAAAAAAAUCAAUAAAA